AUGAAUAACACGACCGGCUUGGAUCUGGCGGGAGCCGGCGGCCGGGAGGAGUUACCGGCGCACCGAGCCCUGACGGGCUGCGUCCUGGCGCUGCUCAUCGUCUGGACGCUCUUUGGAAACUUGACGGUGUGCGCCGCCGUCUGUCACUUCCGGCACCUGCGCGCCAAAUUGACCAACAUCUUCAUCGUGUCCCUGGCUCUGUCGGAUCUCUUGGUCGCCGUGCUGGUGAUGCCGUGGAAAGCCGCGGCCGAGGUGGCCGGCUUCUGGCCGUUCGGCGGGUUCUGCAAGACCUGGCUGGCCUGCGACAUCAUGUGCUCCACGGCCUCCAUCCUCAACCUGUGUGUGAUCAGCGUGGACCGAUACUGGGCCAUCUCCAGCCCGUUCCUCUACGAGAGGAGUAUGAACAAGAAGGUGGCCUCUGUGGUGAUCGGCGUAACCUGGACGGUCUCCGUGGUCAUCUCCUUCGUGCCCGUGCAGCUGAACUGGCACCGCGCGGACGCGGACGCGUUGGAUCCGGCCGUGCAGGACGCGGCGCAUCGCGGCGGAAGCGUUCACGGACGCUGUGACUCCAGCUUGAGCCGCACGUACGCCAUCUCUUCCUCACUCAUCAGCUUCUACAUCAACGUGGCCGUCAUGAUCGUCACGUACACCCGCAUCUACCGGAUAGCCCAGAUGCAGAUCCGCAAGAUAUCCUCACUGGAGCGGGCGGCGGAGCACGCGCAGAGUUGCCGCUCGGACGUACCUGAGCGUUGUCCUCACCUGUGCACGGAAAUGGGCGCCAACUCAUAUCAGUCUCACAUCACUCUUCAUCCCGACUGUGAGCGCCCGGGUGAGGCCCACCGGGAGCUCAAAGUCUCCAUCAGAAAGGAGACAAAGGUCCUCAAAACUCUGAGCAUCAUCAUGGGUGUGUUUGUGUGCUGCUGGUUGCCAUUCUUCGUCCUGAACUGCGCUCUGCCCUUCUGUCCAGGGCCAAAGGCCCCGGGGGCCCGACGGGGCCCUUACUGCGUCAGCGAGAACACCUUCGACGUCUUCGUGUGGAUCGGCUGGAGCAACUCGUCCCUCAACCCGGUCAUCUACGCGUUCAACGCGGACUUCAGAGACGCCUUCCUGCGCCUGUUGCGCUGCCGCGGCUGCUGGCCCGCGGUGGGCACGGCGAUGGCGAGCAACGAGGCCGGACGCCCGAGGCGGGAGAGCUUGCCGAACGCGAAGCUGGACCCCUCCCGCGCCACGACGUUCAGGGGCAGCGAGGACAGCGGGAACACUACGGUGACGGUGCUGUACAGGGGCACGACGGCGGAGCCGGUGACCGACACCGAGGAGAUACUUUUACAGCGUGGCUUCCAUUUGAGGCCUCUGCCCGCCGUGGAGGGACCGCUAUCAUGA